AUGCCUCCCGACUACAUGAGAGCUUAUGGUCGGUUCAUCGAAGCAAUCAAGGUUGCCCUCAACGAAUAUAACAUGAGCUCUGGCGAAACCCCUCUCAAGUUUGUCGGCCCAAUCCUCACACCCAACAACAAGAUUGGCGAGAUCCGCAUCGUCGAAGACACUGAGCCGGAGGAAGACGAGGAUUCGGGCAUCGGAAUGGAGUCGGAGUCGCUUUCCCAAGACAGACUUGCCGCCACAAUGAAGAGCAGACCCCCUUCUUUGUCUCCGAUGAGGGAAUUUCCACGGUUGACAAGACCGAGAUUUAUCUCCUCGGCUGGUGAGAAUGAAUCCGAGCCUAUGAUGAUCGACACCUCACCGGAAGCCAUGUACAUGACACUGGCGCGUUCACAAGGCGGAAUUGCGAACUCUCCUCCUCAACGCAACAGAAUUCGGCAGCUACAUGACGUGGACAACUUCGACUGGGAAUCCAGCCCUACGAUCGCGGAAUGCUCGUUUACGGCGAGUAACCCCGAAAUCCAUGAGGAGGCCGCCUUCAACCGAUUUAUUCGAGAUCGCUCACAAGCUCCAACGCCGAAUGCCUUCGUUCAGGCACAGCACGCUACUACAGUCGAGCCGAAAGUCACCAGGGAGGAUUCCUUCAUUGAAACCGAAGAUGAGGUGGGAAAGGAUGCCAUGACUCUGGGCGUUUGCGACUCUCACCAGGCAGACGACGAGAACGGAGACAGUGCUACCCUUGACGCCGUUAGUGACGACGAUGUUGACAAGUUCCUCAGCGACCAUUGCCAGGAAGACGAAGAGAACGGAGGCAGUGCCACCCUCGAUGUGCUCAGCGACGGCGACGCUGACAACGUCCUCAGCGACCCCGAUGUUGACAAUCCGCAGAGCACCACCGAAGACGUUGGAAAGACGGUUGUCAUGGUCAUCGACAGCGACACCUCCAGCGAUGACAGCGACGAGGACUCCGAGCACAGCAUCUACAAGCCAUCCAUCCACAACUCUCCCUCCGAAAAGGAUUCCCUGCUUCGCUUGCGACGCUCGACGCCUCUCAGCCCAAACUUCCUCGAAAACGACGACGCCAGGGAAAUGCCACCACCUCCUCGCGCAUACUCAAUUGAUAGACGCUCCGCUACCUCCCCUGUUCGGAAUCUGAUCCGGCCGGGGCCUGUCCGUCGACCCAAAGUAUGGCGCCCUACGCUCUGGACGCCAAUUGACAGGUUCACUCCAACCCAGCGGAUGGAAUUCGACGGGGCCCUGCGUCACUCGCUUGCUACUGCCACCCGUGGUACGACCGUCUGGAACGGUCUCUUCAACGGCUCUCGGGAGUGGGACGAUUGA